AUGUCCAUAACCCCACGAGAAACAACUGACUCGUUUGUCCCGUUGACUUCAAGAACCAGUAGCAGACAUCCCCCAACCGGUCGGCCGCCCACCACUGCUACCAGUGUUGCUGGACAGGAUAUCGUCUGCGCCAUAAGUGAGUCUCGUGGCAUCUCGUCCACCGUCGGCCUGGCAUUUGUCAACCUCGCCACGGCAGAAGUAGUUCUGUGCCAAAUAUGUGACAGCCAGACUUAUGUGAAGACCGUCACCAAGAUCGGUGUCUUCGAGCCGAGUGAGAUACUAUUCAUGAACACUGCCAAGGAGUCCACACUGCGCUACAUCGUCCAAGAGAACUUGCCAGAUCCAAUAAUCACCUUUCUGGAUCGCAAGUGCUGGUCUGACAAGGCGGGUCACGAGUAUCUGGAUCGAUUGGCUUUCCCCUAUGAACUGGAUUCUCUCAAAGGGACCCUGGAGGAAACUUCUUUGCGGCAUGCUCCUUCGCUGCAGUACGCAAUUGCGCACCGAAGCAAGCGGGAGCUUCAACGUGUCUUCGCUUCCCAUUCCUUGCGAAUCAGACUUGAGCCAUCUCAAGGGUCCAUGAUCAUCGACCUGGCGACAAUUGUAUCACUUGAGCUCAUCCAGAACUUGCACAAUACAAGGUCAAAAGAUAGUCUGUAUGGACUGCUAAACGAGACGUUGACGCCUAUGGGAUCCAGGCUUCUGCGAAGCAGCAUUCUGCAGCCAUCCACCGAGCGUGUGAAGCUGACAGAACGAUACAACGCCGUCGAAGAUCUUUCCUCCAAAGAAGACAUGUUCGUUUCAGUUCGCCAAGCGUUAAAAUGCCUCGGUGAUGCAGACAAAGUCUUGACUUCGAUCAUUCUUGUCCCCACUGACCGAACGAUUCAGUAUAUCGAGCAAUCAGUCAACAAUGUGAUCAUGCUGAAGACAUUUAUUUCUGGAAUUAAGAAAAUUUACCAAGCCCUUGGGCCUGCACAAAGCGAUCUACUUCUCAAAAUCCGCAGGUUAUGCUGCCCGACAGGACACCGUGCUAUCGAGAUGCUCAUCGAGGAAACUUUGAAUGAGCAUAUCACGUAUCAAAGCAAACCACUGGAUCUACGGAACCAACGAGUACACUGUGUCAAGGCCGGUGUCAACAGUCUGCUCGAUGUAGCACGACAGACGUACAAGGAGGCUAAUGUAGAUGUCGCAGAACUGGUGGAGAAACUUGCAGAAAAUUGUGAGAUGGCUCUAGAUCUCAAGUACGACUCAGCUCGUCAGUAUUUCAUCUGUAUUCCAAUAUCAGAUGCGGAGUCCCUUCCUAAUGUCUUCAUCAAUGUAUACCGCAAAAAGAGCCGCGUCGAAUGUCAAACUCUAGACCUGGUCAAACUGAAUCAGAAGAUCAACGAUGCGCACACUGAAGUGAUAAGCAUGAGCGACCAAACAAUCCAGGAACUGAUUCGAGAUGUUUGCGCACAGGUUUCGGGACUAUUCCAAGUCAGCGAAGCCAUUGCGCUGUUAGACAUGCUGGCAGCUUUCGCCCAGCUGGCUACAAGCCACGGUUACAUCCGCCCGGAGUUGACAGCAACACUGGCCAUCAAGGCUGGCCGCCAUCCGAUCAGAGAGCAAAUUCACAGCAACAAGUUCAUCCCGAACGACGCAUAUGCCACACCCCAGUCACGAUUUCAGAUUAUCACUGGGUGCAAUAUGAGUGGGAAGUCAACAUAUAUUCGCUCUUUGGCACUCAUGACUGUCAUGGCACAAAUAGGUUGCUUCGUACCAGCUCAAUAUGCCUCUUUUCCGGUUUCGCAUCAGCUGUUCGCACGUGUGGCCACAACAGAUGACCUUGAUGCCAAUGUAUCAACUUUCGCAGCAGAAAUGCGCGAGAUGGCAUUUAUCCUGCGCCACAUCGAGCCGCGGGCUAUGGUGCUCGUCGAUGAGGUCGGUCGAGGUACAAGCACGACAGACGGCCUCGCGAUUGCCGUUGCAUUGGCAGAAGCCCUUCUUGCCAGCAACGCUCUGGUCUGGUUCGUCACACAUUUCCAUGACCUGGCGCGCAUUUUAUCUGAGCGUAAUGGCGUGGUAAAUUUCCAUCUUGCCGCAGACAUUCCAACUGAUGCGAGCAAAAUGACCAUGUUAUAUCAAAUCUCCGAGGGUCCAGUUCCAGACCGACGAUAUGGUCUCGUUCUCGCUCAGCUAGUCGACCUUCCCCCUGUUGUUCUUGAAGUUGCGAAUAAAGUCUCAGAGACAUUAGAUGGCUUGGCUCGGCGUCGAAACAGUUCGUCACGCGUGAUUGCAAUUGCUCAGAAACGAAAGUUACUUCUUUCCCUGCGUGAACAACUCUUCAUCGCUCGGGAUAGUACGAUGGAUGACAGCUCUCUACGUCACUGGCUAAUCAACCUGCAAAAUGACUUUGCACUGAAGAUGGCAGCCAUGGAUCAAGAGGUGGAUCCUUCUGACGAUAGCCCCAUUGCGGCUGCCAAAAAUUCAACACCCCUGCCUAGCAGCCUGUUACUCGACUCAUGCCGCCACACAUUGAGCACAAGGGGAGAAUCGAGUCACUUCGAAGGGGAACCGGGAACUAGCUCUGAACCUAUUUUCAUUCUCGACUCUGACUCCGAUUCUGCCGAUACUGACAGCAUGGUAAUGGUUUGA